AUGCUACGAAUUGGUUCCAAGGUCAGGUAUUGUAAUGCCAAUAGGGUUAUUUUUAACUCUGCAUUGUUUGGGAGACGUCUUUUGGCAACUGAGGCUGCCCCAAUCCCUCAGGCUGCGGCCCCAACAUUAACAAAAGAACAAGCCAAAAAGAGAGAAAUGAAGAGACUGGCGCUGAAGAAAGCUGAGGCAAAGAAGCCAGCCAAUAUACACCCAUUAUAUAUGCCUAUUCCAUUAGCAUUAAGAUAUCUAAGAUCCGCCGAGGUUGGAAGACCUACCCAACAUCAAACAAUAACAGUUACUACCCUUGUUGUCGCUGACAAAGGUAAUGCUGCAUUGGCUGGAAAUAUAUUGUUCCCCCACCCACUGAAACAAAUGAAAAUUGCAAUCUUUAGCUCUAACAAGGAAAAAUUAGAUGAAUUGAAGAGUAAAUACUCGAAGCAAGUCAAGAUUGCUGGAGGAGAAGAUAUGAUUGCUGACAUCAAGAGCGGUAAGAUAAAGGUCGACGGCGUGAACAAAGUUUUUGCAACACCAGAAAUUUUUCCAACAAUUGCUAGUCAGCUGGGUAGAGUAUUAGGCCCAAAGGGUUUAAUGCCAAACUUAAAGAAGCAACACCAAAAUACAGUUGGCGAGGACCUAGAUUCUUUGAUUGAAGAAAACUUAGGACAAGUUUCAUUCAGACAACGUGGUAAUUCAUUAUCUGUUAGUGUUGGUCGUUGCAAUUUCAGUGAUAGAGAUAUAUUAGAGAAUAUUAUUGCUGUUAGAAACGCUUUCAAGCAGAGUGUUAGUUCUCAAGUAGCCAAAAAGCCAAGUAUACUGGGCAAAACAACCAUUUCGACCACAGCAGGACCUGGUAUCGUGAUCGAUUUCCAAUAA